GUGUGUGCAGCAAGUACCACUUCUCUCUCCCGUUCCUCCACACAGGCAUUCCCCGUGUUUUAUGCGUAGAUGUUUUACAGUACACUCCGGCCGUGCAUUGAAUGCAACAUAGCACCCGGAGUAUUGCUCUGCAGUACCGCCAAGCAGAGGGAAAAUCCUGUCUGGCAUACAAUAUCUGGCGGGAUACAGGGGGAGAUACAUUCUGUAAGGUCUGGGCUUGGAAAUAUAGGGGUGUCCUAGGCUCUUUCUCCAUCAUCAAAUGACUGUAUCUGUAUGUCGACUGUAGAAGGAUCUCGGUGGAGUUAUUCUAGCUGGCCGUUGGCUCGCAGGUAUAAGUUGCUGGUCGUGGAGAUGAGAGAGCGGGAGCGAGGGCGGGAGCGCAGCCCUCAACCAUCACCGGGAUCUCAAUCACAGAAUGACCGUACCAAAGGAUCCAAAGCCUGCUGUUUCUGCUGGUGCUGCUGCUGUAGCUGCUCGUGCCUAACGAUGCGGAAUACUACUAGUGACUCGAACGGGAAGAAGGAUACACCACUCGACAUUGUUAACGGGGAUUCAAACGAGAUGCCGACCCUAGAGGAGAUAAGACUAUGGCAUCAAUCGUUUGACACUCUUAUGAGUAGCGGAAAGGGGAGAAGAAAAUUCCGAGAAUUCCUCCGCUCGGAAUACAGUGAAGAGAACUUGUUAUUUUGGCUUGCCUGUGAGGAGCUUCACAAGGAGACAAAUUCAGCCUCGGUGGAGGAGAAAGCAAGGCUCAUUUACGAGGAUUAUAUAUCCAUUCUUUCACCAAAGGAGGUUAGCCUCGAUUCAAGCACACGCGAGAUAGUGAAUAAUAAUAUGGUAGAUCCAACCAUUCACGCGUUCGACGAGGCUCAGAAACAGAUCUACAUUCUCAUGCUACGGGACUCCUUCCCGCGAUUUUUAAAUUCCAAAAUGUUUCGCAACCUCAUGGAGACAGCAAGUCGCAGGGAGCCUUGACUAGAGACUAGUUCAUCGUUAUGGUAACGACCUCAUACAUCUCGUCUCACAUGUGGAUGUGGCAUACACCAUUGAUGACUUGUUUUAUUAAUUAGGUUUAUUUCAUCUGUUCGUUGUAUAACUCGGCAUACUUUUGAGCGAACAUCAUCAACGUGUAAGACUUCAUUCGUAUCAUGCCGUCGUCACAACAUUAUACUGUAUUUUUGUGUAGACAUGUGUUUCUUUUUUUAAACGGAACUGGUCUUUAUUUCUUAUUAGUGUGAUGUGAGGUUGUGACGUUACCUUCUGUAGACAGAAUGGCACACACCUCUGGUAGGCAUCGGGUAGUGCUGAAAAGCGAUGAGCCGGAUCUUGCAGGAGUCUCCCAUGUGUCGAAUCUGGCCUUCAAAAAUGGCGCGAAAGUCUCACAUUGGAUAAUGGAUGAACGUUGCAAUCGCUGUGUGUAGAUCGUGACGGAGUAGUGGAGUUAACAUCACAGCACAUGGGGUGUUUAGAGAAUUAGCGCGCUUUUUGUUUCUUAUGAGAGGGAAUGUUACGCACGUUCAUCUGCACGAAACUAUGAUGUAGUGUUUCAACCUGUCGCGUCCAUCGGCUGUUUAUGUCGUCUUGAUUCACCACGUUUGGGUCCACGUUUGACACCACGUGCUCAUCAGAUGAACAGUAAUUGUGUAACAUGUUCUUCAAAAGCGUCUAAAUAGUGUGGAGACAUUUUGAACAAUCAUUGUGUGUGUCAAAAAAAGAAAUCUGUUUUCAAAGCACAAACACCGUAGAGAUUUUUUGAAAAAAAAAAUACAGCGGAGAACACGAAGCUGUGAAUUUUGUCUGUCA